AUGGCGGCUGCCGGUGGGAGGCAGGAGCGGGACCCGGCGCGCUUCGUCUACGUGGCCCGCUUCGGCUCGCACCAGUGUGGCGGCGUCUUGCCGCUGGGCGGGCCCCGGGCUCAGGGCCGCUGGAGCCCCGGGCUCGAGGCUGGCGGCAGCCAGAAGGAGCCGCGUGGAGCGGCGGGGGCCCGAGGCGGCGGAGAGCCGCCCCCCGGCUCCGAGCCGGGGGCUCCCGCCGCCUCCUCAGCGGGGCGGCCGUCGAGCGCGCGGAGCGGCGGGAGGUCGGCGGCGCGUGCAGGUUUAGUCCAGAAGACUUUAAUUAAAAAGUUUGAUUUUCCUAUACCUUACAAUGAAGCUUCCAAAAUAAUGAAGAAAAAGAAAAAGGUUUCAGUGUGGAAAAAAUUACACAAGUUCAUUGGUAGAAUGCUGCAAGAAAAUGAAAAAUACAGAGUCAGGCUGAAAGGCCAACGACUGCCUAGUGAAAACUCAGAUUACACAAGAUGA